UCUGUUUUACCUAAACGUGCUGCCGGUAGCAGCUCGCUUGCCAUGCUCAUACCUAGCAAUUUAACAGACGCUCGCAAUGUAUUCCGCUUUAAUUAACGCAGUGUUAUCCAGCUCGCCUGACUACGACCUUCUUUUUGAGUCUCUUUCCUGGCCGAGUCAGUCGUGGCCAGACACGGAGCGGGUGGAGGCGCUGACAGCUUUCAUUGAGGGACUCGGACCGCUUUUGACCGAGCCGGAUUUGACCUCGUUUCCAGAUGCAAAGAGACGCUGUGUUUUAGAUAAAGUUGAGUCGGUCCUUUGGACCAAGUGUCUGCCUUUCCUCUCCAGAAUUUCGGCUGAAGCAGGUGAAGGUGUGCGGUGCAGGGAGAGCACAGCAGCUGCGUGCAGACUACUGAGUGUGAGUGUACCUCUCUGUAACGAGGCUGUGUGCAGGCGAGUCUGUCAGUCCAUCCUGCCCUCACUCCAUCUGUCAGAGGAAGAGCUGACCUCUCCGGGAAGACUCAGUGUGGAGGUUGCGAGUGAAGUGGUAGCUGCUCUUCUGCCGUUUCUGGCAGCAGAUGAACAGCUCACACACACCACCGUGUCUUCUAGUCUCUCCUCCAUCAGGACACUCCCUGAUGCACUGGUCUCCAAGCCAGUCAGGGUCAUCUUAAGUCUGCUGAACUGCCUCAGCAGUGAGCGGUUAAUAAGCAUCCUCAAGCUCAUCCUGGAUGAUCUAUGCAGCUGGCACUCCACCGACCGCACUCCUGCAGUUACAGAGCGCACUCUGCUGUGUUUGACAGCCCUGUCAGACCACCUCCUUAAACCUCACCACCACCUCCCCUCUUCCUGCUGCUCUGACCCCGACCCUCGUCUGUCCCUUCAGUUCUGGAGGAUGGUUCAGGAUGGACUGAUCCACAGAGACAGCGUGUCACGAAAGAGAGCACUGUUCCUGCUGAAAAGGUGUGCAGCCCUGUCUGAAGAGGAUGGAUUAGACUGUCCUCUUUCUGCAACAAGGGAAGAUGAGAACUUGUUUAAAUGGGCUUUCAGCAAGAGCAAGCUGCUCAGAGAGUUCUGGGAGGAUUACGUACUGGUGAUGGAGACUCUGGAGGAAAACCAAAUUCACGUGGUCCGGCCAGUUUUAAACAGGAUAGACACACUGAUCCAAACAACAGCGAAUGAUGAUCAAGGUCAAGGACUCUUCCACCCCUCCUGGCUGCUGUGUGUGUACCAGCGCAUGUUCCACAGUGAGAAUAAAUCCUUAAUGCGAGAAGGAGUGUGUCAUCUGCUCGAGCUCCGGGUUCUUCAGCAGCCGACUUUUGCUUUGGCCUUUUCUCAGUUCAUCGUUGGCCCCUUUAUGGAUGUUCUCUCGGAAACGUCCCUCUUCCACAGGUCAGUUGGUCAGAGUGUGGGAGACUGUCCCGAACUGGGGGUUAAACUCGAAGUCUUUCUGGCUACCUUCUUCAGUAGCCUGCCAACAGAGCAUAGAGGUUGUGUCUUGCUUCAGCUGAUUCAGCAGCUGGGCUCUAAACACUGGUGUGCAGUUCCCCUCCUCUUCCUCUGUCAGGCCCUGUCCAAACUUCCCCCAAGUCCACUGCUGGGCACCAGCGGGCUCACUGCUCUGAGGGAUGUCCUGCGCUGCACCAUGAUCACUCAUCAAGUCCUCUUAAGAGGAGCUGCCCAGUGCUUCCUGCUUAACAGUGCCCUCUCUCUCACAGUUGUGAGUGAAGUUACCCUCGAUGAUGUUUUUAGCUUCCUGACGCAUUUCCGUGCAGACGAGUCGCUGUGUAGAGGGACGCAGCUUUGGAAGCAGCUGUGUGCAUGGCUGUUGGAAAAUGAAGGCAGUUUCAAGCCCAGGAUUACAGAUGAAGAUUGCACUGGUGCUUCAACGAGUAAGGAAACCGUAAGAGCUUAUGUUCAAGGCGAAAUAGUCUCCUAUCUUCGAGUCCCAGCUAGCACAGGUCAGACCGAGAGGUUACCUGACUCCAGAGAGGCCGAUAAGUUGGCAAGAGCUAUUCUGCUGUGUGUGGACAUGGAGAGGGGUCAAUCUGGGGCAGAGAUCAGCAACACCCUGGAGUCGCUUUUAUCACCACUGCUGGAGACCCUGAGCAGAGUCAGCACCAAUAUCUACUUGCCUCUGCGUAAGAGUGACAAGAGCCUGCAGCUGGUGCUCAGACUGUUCCAGCUCGGAGAAAUCCCAAGGAGUCAACGGAACGGAGCGGAGCAAGGUUUAACCUUAGUGCGUGAUGAAGAGGCCCUGUGUGUGGAGGCUGUGAGUCUGAGCUGGGAGCUGGUACAAGGCCUGAGCACUAAUGCCAAUGACUUCUGGCCGGCACUUAAAGGCUUCAUCUCCACAGCUUUCCACCAUAAACUGCUUCAGCUGACACAAGCUCAGUCUCCGACCCUGGCGGCCACUUUGAAACAGAUUGCCCGUGAUCUGAUGGAGUUGUCUCAGUCAAAGAGUGGAGUUUUUGGCGUACUGCUUCAACACUGCUGUCAGAUGUGGCUGCCUGCAGGUGGAGGCAGCGGUGACCAGGCCAACACAGUGUUUUCUAGUAUUUUCAACCACAUCAGCAUAAUUACAGAAGCUUGUGUUUACGGUCCAGUGUUCAGGAGAGAUCAACGACUCGUCCAGGAUGUCCAAAUAUAUGUGGAGCAACUUGGUGAAAAGUGUGCAGCUAAUGUCGCAGUAGCAAGUGAUAACAGAGAUGAUCAGUUGCCUCGCACAUGUGUUCUGGCUUUCCUGUGCCACCUGGAUUCUUCUAAUCUCCAGCAUCAAAGACUAAUGGAGGAAGUAGCAAUGGAGCUGUUGAAAAAGGAUAAUGAUAUAUCAAGGUCAAAAGUGCGUUACUACAGCAACUCCCUGCAACAUCGUGCUAAAAACCGAGUAUGGCAAACACUGCUGCUGUUGCUGCCCAAACUCCGAGAGGAGUUUGUUGCCACUUUGUGGGGUCGUGUGUUUGAAGCGGGAUUUUGCAGUAACCAGGCUUCUGUCAAGUACCUGAUCGAAUGGAUGAUGAUUCUGAUCCUUGUCCGAUAUCCACAACACACUGACAGCUUUUGGUCCUGCUUCAGCCUGGAUCACGAAAAGACUAAGACGAGCGUCUGCACUUUCUUAUCUGUUCUCGUACAUUUCAGUGUCAUCUUUCCUAAUCUUGAAGAAAAGGCGGCGCAGUUGCGAAAAGCACUAGACGUCAUCCUGCAGUCGUGUUUUAACCAUAACUUCAGCGUGCGCCUGUAUGCCUUAUUGGCUCUGAAAAGGGUGUGGAGCCUGGCGGAAAACCAUGUGGAAGAGGCAGAUGGUUUAGGGGGGCUUUCCUCUGUGAUCAAGGCCUGUCUGAACCAGGCUGAAGCCAUGCAGAGCACUGGAAAUGCCAACAAAAACUGGACGAGGAUUCAGGAGCACUUCUUCUUUGGUGCCUUUCAUCCAAUCAGGGAUUACAGUAUUGAAACAAUAUUCUGUACAUUUCCCAGUCUUUCUGAGUUGGCUGAUGAUGAGUGGAUACCACCCUGGAAAUUUGAGAAACUCUCAUAUUUCUCAGAAGGUCCAUCUUUGCCUUUGAGAAAUCCUGCUCCUGAUCUGAACCAGCUUCAACCUGGAGACUGGAUCCAGCAAGACAGAAGUGAGCAGGAUAAGGAGGAACGCUGGGCUGAGGUGCAAAAGAAGAUCACGCCCUGGAGACUGGGCAUCCAGGAGCAGGAGCCUGAACUUCAGCUGGUUCCACCACAGAGGGCUGCUAGACUGGGAAAACUGCACGGUGCCUUGCUGGUUGUGGCCUCACUUAUCGACAAGCCCACCAAUCUGGGAGGUCUCUGCCGGACUUGUGAAAUAUUCGGUGCCAGCGCUCUGGUUCUGGAUAGCCUCCGCCACGUGAAUGACAAAAACUUCCAGUCCCUGAGCGUCUCAGCUGAGCUGUGGCUUCCUUUGUUAGAGGUGAAGCCGAUGGAGCUCACUGAAUUCUUGCAGGUGAAGAAGAGUGAAGGUUACUGCAUUGUGGGAGUGGAGCAAACAGCCAACAGUCACAGCCUCCAGGAGUACCAGUUCCCUGAAAAGACCCUGUUGCUUUUAGGCAAUGAACGUGAAGGUAUUCCUGCCAACUUACUACAAAUGUUGGACGUGUGCGUGGAGAUCCCUCAACAAGGCAUCAUCCGCUCACUCAACGUGCACGUGAGCGCUGCCCUGUUAAUCUGGGAAUACACGCGACAACAUCUCAGCUCUGGCUCGGCAGAGGUCGACUCGAAACGCUGCUGAUGAAGACACCCCAUGCUGAUCUCCUGAGAAAAGUAUUUCCUGGGGAGACUUUAAAUGAAGGCGUAAAGCUUCUUCACAUCAUGACCUCAAGGGCUUUCUGUCGAGACAGCGUGGUCAGGAGCCAUCGCCGCUGCUCUCAGGCCUUAAUGAGAGUCAUGAAUAAAGAUCAGCCCUGGCUAUUAUGUCUAAAUGUUCCACUCUGCUUGCUGUCAUAUUAAUGAAGACAAUGUCUGUGUUAGAAGAGCCAAAGCAUCAAUGGAAAUUUUCCCCUUUGGAGGCUGACUAUGGAGCAUUGGGACUGAAUUAUAAUGACAGUAUUCAAUGAGAUGUACUUAAUCUUUAAAUACUGCUUGGAUUUUUCUAAAUGUAUAAAUAAACAUG